GUCUCCCCGGUGACGCGCACGUAAGGCGACGGGGGCGAGCACGUCGCGCAUUAACGGUCCCCAGUCGAGAAGGAGGAAGGGGGGGCGGCCCCUUUACGGCCGCCACACGGUAACGUCUGUACGUGAGGCAGCGAUGGUCCCGGGGCGGAGGAGACCGUGGUAGCCGGUUACUACCAAUGCCGGGAUGGAGAGCCACAUCUCGUGCCUGUUCCCGGAGCUGCUCGCCAUGAUCUUCAGCUACCUGGACGUCCGCGAUAAGGGCCGGGCGGCUCAGGUGUGCGGCGCCUGGCGGGACGCGGCCUACCACAAGUCGGUGUGGCGGGGGACCGAGGCCAAGCUGCACCUGCGCCGCGCCAACCCCUCGCUCUUCCCCAGCCUGCAGGCCCGGGGCAUCCGGCGGGUCCAGAUCCUCAGCCUCCGCCGAUCCCUCAGCUACGUCAUCCAGGGCCUGCCCGACAUCGAGAGCCUGAACCUGAGCGGCUGCUACAACCUGACGGACAACGGGCUGGGCCACGCCUUCGUGCAGGAGAUCUCCUCCCUGCGGUCCCUGAACCUGAGCCUGUGCAAGCAGAUCACAGACAGCAGCCUGGGCCGGAUCGCCCAGUACCUGAAGAGACUGGAGGUUCUGGAGCUGGGGGGCUGCUCCAAUAUCACCAACACCGGCCUCCUGCUCAUCGCCUGGGGGCUUCAUGGCCUCAAGAGCCUCAACCUGCGCAGCUGCCGCCAUGUCUCCGACGUGGGCAUCGGUCACCUGGCCGGUAUGACCCGCAGCGCCGCCGAGGGCUGUCUGGGCCUGGAGCAGCUCACCCUGCAGGACUGCCAGAAACUCACCGACCUGGCCCUCAAGCACAUCUCCCGGGGCCUCCAGGGGCUCCGCACCCUCAACCUCAGCUUCUGCGGGGGGAUAUCGGACGCCGGCCUCCUCCACCUCUCCCACAUGGGCGGCCUGCGCAGCCUGAACCUGCGCAGCUGCGACAACAUCAGCGACACGGGCAUCAUGCACCUGGCCAUGGGCAGCCUGAGACUCUCCGGACUGGACGUGUCGUUCUGCGACAAAGUCGGCGACCAGAGCUUGGCCUACAUUGCCCAGGGGCUCUACGGCCUCAAGUCGCUGUCGCUCUGCUCCUGCCACAUCAGCGACGACGGCAUCAACCGCAUGGUGCGCCAGAUGCACAGCCUGCGCACCCUCAACAUCGGCCAGUGCGUCCGCAUCACCGACAAGGGCCUGGAGCUCAUCGCCGAGCACCUCAGCCAGCUGACCGGCAUUGACUUGUACGGCUGCACCCGCAUCACCAAGAGGGGCCUGGAGCGCAUCACGCAGCUGCCCUGCCUGAAGGUGCUCAACCUGGGGCUGUGGCAGAUGACCGAGAGCGAGAAGGUCAGGUGAUGGGUCAGUCACGUGACCACCCCCGAAAAAAAAGAGAGAGACUUCUGGGACUUGGACUCGAUGCAUUAUACUGCCUGAUAAGGGGCCCUCCCCGAGUUAAAGGGGGGGGCUAAAGAUAAGCGGCGCCUGCACGAUGCUGGCAAUGGAGGUGGUUUACUGUUGGUAUUGCAAGAGGUUUAAAAAAAAAAGGAGCUCCCUGGUGGGUGGCAUGGGGUUACCUGCUAAAUCGGUCUUGCAAAACUACAACUCCCAG